GUGAGUCGCGAGCUCGCCUUUUCCUUUAUGCUUCUUUUAAACCCCCGUCCCUGGGGAGAGGGAGAGCACGAGUAGCUCUCCCGACCAUGGAACUCAUCAGCUUGCUAAAAAACUGGAAGGGAGGUGGCGGGACGCUGUCUUCGGCCGCUGGAGCUCCGACCCACGCCACCACCACAGUCGCCGCCUCCGUCCUCCGCUCCUCUUCCGAGUCGGACGACGACGACGACGACGACGACGGCGAGACGGAGGAGGAUGGCUCCUUCAUCGAUCUCGAGUUCAACGUUCCUGUCGAAGAAGAGGUGGGAGGAGAGAAAGACUACAAAGACUACUCCACUUCGGAAUCUGAGUCAGAGGAGGACGAGAAAGAGGUUGAUUUCGCGAUGCGAUCCAACGAAAGCUAUAAACGCGGCAGCUUUCAGCCCGAUCGCAGUCUCUCCUUCUUCCCCUCUGACGAUCUCUUCUUCAAGGGGCGAGUUCUUCCUCUGGAGCCCUCUUGUCUGGCCUUCGCCCCCUCCGAGCCCGACUCCAAGCCCCAAUUUGGUGGUUCCCUCCUUCGCUCCGCCACCAAGCUCCGAAUCUUCGCGUUCGGGCUCAAGAAGACGAAAUCCUCGCCGGCGGAGCUCAAUGUCGCUUCUCCGGCACCGAUGGAGGCGUCACGGAAGCAGCACCAGAGGAAGCUCUUUAUCAAAUUCAAGGCGGAGGAGGUGCCGAUCGUGUCGCUAUUCACGCGUGAUAACAGCUCCAGGAGCUCCGGCAGCAGUCGAUCGUCGAAAUUCCACGCCGCCGACGGCUCGCUGGCCUCGGAGGAGAAGAGAUUCUCCAAGGACGUGGUUCAAAAGUACCUAAACAAGAUCAAACCGCUCUACGUUAGGGUGUCGAAACGUUACGGCGAGAAGCUCCGGUUCUCCGGAUCCCUGAGCUCCGUUGGCAGCAGAAAGGUGAGCUCCGCCAAGACUGAUGGAGGAGAGAGGGGGUCGGUGGCGGUAGGCGCUUGUCGGGAUCAGAAGCGGCAAGCUGGAAAUACUCCGGCGGGGUUUAUGGUGGUCGCUAGGCACCUGAGGAAGAGCCGCUCGGCCUCGUCGGCGAUGGCCGCAGUCCGCUCACCGCCGCCUCCGCGGCGGCGGGACGACUCGCUACUCGAGCAGCAAGACGGGAUUCAGAGCGCCAUCGCCCACUGUAAACGCUCGUUUAAUGCCGAGAAAGGGACCGAGUUGCCGUUGGUCCGGUCGAGGAGCGAUCCGGGGGACGGGAGAUCACUGGAAGGCUUGGGCAACGGCGUUUGACUCCCACUUUCCGUUCGAAUUUUUGGUAGAACGGAGGAGGAAAAAGGAAAAGGAAAACGAAAAAUAGAAAUGUUCGCUCUUUUAUGUUUGUCUUUGGAGUAGAAGCGUGGCAAAAGAUCUCUUUUUAUCCCCUGUGAAGUAGUUGUAUCUUUUUCUUUUUUUCUUUUUUGCCUUUUUUGCGCUUUCCAUAUGAAAAGAGCAGGCUACGAGACUCGUUAUUAGAUCCAUUGUAACUUUGUCAAGGAGCUGUUUUCUUCUU